AUGCUUCCAUCUCUCAUUUUGCUCGGCUGUGUAACCAUAGCAGCAGCUUCAAAUGGCGUCUUCACUCCAGGCGCACCGUUAUAUGACACAGACGGGAGAAGCCUACAAGCCCAUGGGGCAGGUUUACUAGAAGUAAACGGGACUUACUACCUCAUCGGCGAGAACAAGACGAGAACUGCCAAUAAUCCUCGUGGCAAUCUAUUCAACAGCGUGGCAUGUUACAGCUCCAAGGACUUCGUCUCGUGGGAAUUUCAGAAUAAUCUCCUUACAAACACCAAUCCUCACCCAGACCUAGCGCCUGACCGUGUGAUCGAGCGACCAAAAGCUAUCUAUAAUGAAGAGACUGGAAAAUAUGUGAUGUGGAUGCAUGUCGACAGUUCGGACUACCAAGAUGCCCGCUCUGGCGUUGCCGUAUCUGACACGCCCUGCGGAGACUACGAGUACCUUGGCAGCCUGCGCCCCGAGGGCCACAUUGCUCGCGACAUGACUCUCUUCGUUGAUGAUGACAGCACUGCCUACCUUGUUGCCGAAGAUAGAAAAGAAGGAACCCACUUCUUCCAGCUGUCAGACAACUACACCGUGAUCGAUUCUUUGACCGCAACAAUUCCAUACUCGUUCAUGUCAGCACUUGAAGCGCCAGCUGUUGUGAAAGUGAACGGGCUGUACUACUUCUUUGGAAGUCACUUAACCGGCUGGUCUACGAAUGACAACCAGUACACUACGACCAAGGACCUUAAGGGAACGUGGUCUAAACCUGCAACCUUUGCUACUGCGGGUAGCAAAACAUGCAAUUCCCAGACUACAUUCGUGCUUCGAACGGCCGCUGGCAAAUUCGUUUACAUGGGUGACAGAUGGAACAAAAAUGAACUAGACAAGUCUGGGUAUAUCUGGGAACCCUUAAGCAUCAAUUCUCAAGCCAGGAAUGCUUCAAUGUCGUGCAGGAAAGAAUGGAAGCUAUCGGAAGUCGGUCUAUAA